CCGCUUUUUCGUCGGCUGUUUGCGGAGUUGGAGUCGGAGGGUGGAGGAGAGCGGAGCAAACGGUUCGGUUCUCCCUGUCAUGACCACUUUGAACCGGAUCGAUCAGAGCUGAUUGGAUGGAUUAGGCCGCCGCAGAGCCAUGGAAGGUGCGUGUGUGUGGCUGAUGUGUGUGUGUGUGCUGAGCAUGUGUGUCCAGGCUCACAAUGGAUUGGACAGAAGCAGUGACCACACCCACCUGGAGCAGCAUCACCAUCAUGUGGUGUCCAAUGGCAUCGCAGCCUCAGGUCUGUGUGCGAUAGACGAGCAGCUCUGCGAGGACGAGAACGCCCUGCUGAGCUUCGAGGCGAUCUGCAGCAUCCACAAACUGAUGGACGACGACGCCGACGGCACGGUGGACGUGACCGAGACGGACGAGUUUCUCAGGGAGGAUCUGAACUAUCAGGACUCCAAAGCCAAACACAGCAGCUUCCACCGAGCUGACGCGCACAUCAGCGUGGAGGACAUGUGGAACACCUGGAAAAGCUCUGAAGUCUACAACUGGACGGUGCAGCAGGUGGUGGACUGGCUGACUAACAGCGUCGAGCUUUCUCAGUACGCAGAAACCUUCGUGAAACUCCAGCUGGACGGCAGAGCCCUGCCCAGGUUGGCGGUGAAGAACGUCACCCUGACCGUGUCCCUGCUGAAGAUUUCAGACAGAAGCCACGCUCAGAAGCUGCAGCUCAAAGCGCUCGACAUCGUGCUGUUUGGACCGCCGCCAGCCCAGCAGAGCCACUGGAAGGAUCUGGUUCUGGGUCUGUCCAUCCUGAUGGCGCUGGGCGGCUGCUGGUUCGCUUAUGCCCAGACCAGGAAGUCCAGAGCCGACCUGGGGAAGCUGAUGAAGGACCUGGAGGGUCUGCAGAGGGCGGAGCAGAGCAUGCUGGACAUGCAGUCCAAACUGCUGCAGGCUCAGGAGGAGCAGCGCUGUGUCCAGGUGGAGAAGGUGAAGGUGGAGGAGGAGCUGAGGAACGAGAUCAACUCGGCCAAGGAGGAAGCGCUGCGGCUCCGCGAGCUGAGAGAAGGAGCCGGGAACGAGAAGAGCCGGCAGAAAUACGCAGAUGAGGAGCUGGAGCAGGUCCGCAAGGCGCUGAAGAAGGCAGAGAAGGAGCUGGAGUUGCGGGCUCGCUGGGCACCACCAGAGGCGCUGCAGAAAUGGCUGCAGCUGACGCACGAAAUCGAAGUUCAGUACUACAACAUCAAGAAACAGAGCGCCGAGCGGCAGCUGCUGCAGGCCAGAGAGGGGGCAGAGAAGAUCAAGAAGAAGAGGAGUUCCCUGUUCGGCACGUUUCACGUGGCUCACAGUUCCUCGCUCGACGACGUUGACCACAAGAUCCUCUCUGCCAAACAGGCCCUGGGUGAGGUGACAGGGGCGCUGCGGGAGAAGCUGCACCGCUGGCAGCAGAUUGAGUCUCUGACCGGUUUCUGUUUGGUCACCAAUCCGGGUCUCGGCGCACUGGCUACCGCCCUCAACCUGGACCCGUCCUUCCUCGGGCUGCGACCUCCGACCCCUCAGCACCUGCUCCUCUCUGAUGACCUCGAUGACAUGGAUGAGGACAUCCUGUCUCCCGGGACGCUGCAGUACGCAGCCUGGCAGAUGGACCGGCGAGUCAGCGACCUCUGGCCCCUGAGUGGCAUCACAGACACCCAGUCACCAUGGAAACAAUCCGCUCAGAGUCUGAUGCCCCUGCGACAGAGGAUGGGAGACCCCAGGCUAAACAUGUUCGGCUCUCAGAGUGACAUCACAAACCGCUCAGACUCUGACUCCGCCCUCCCGCUGUCUCAGGGUGACUUCCGAGGUCAGCACAGCUCUAAGUCCUACGUCCUGUCAUCCAGGGUCCACCCUCUGCAGGACCUGGGCUCCAGGCUGAGCGUGGGAGGAGGAGGUCUGGAGAAGAGCUCCAGCCUCGGGGAGCUGAGGGGCAGCUCUGCUGCCGUCCUCUCCUCUGCCUGCUCCACCCGCUCCCUCUGCAUCACGUCAGAUGCUACAGAUGGAACCCCUACCUUCUCAUCUUCUGCAUCUUCCAGCUCAUCAGGCAGCGCCCGGGGGGUGGGGCUCCAGGGCCCGACCAGAAAGGGCACCAUGGUGCAAGACGUCGGCGAGGAAAACGAGUCGUCUGGCAGCCGCAGGAGAAACGCCUUUAACAAGAUCUUCAAGAAGAAACAUGGACGCCACUGAAUGUCACUCCAAACCUUCACCUGCUGCAGCUUUCAUCCUCAUCCUGAAGUCUUCCUGCUCACAGGAAACAAAACGCUUUAGCUUCAGCUGUUUUUCCUUUGUUUGAACUUUUCUUUACGUGAGAGAAGAUCCAAUCUUACGCAUCAUCGACACGAAACAACAAUGAAGAACACGAGGAGGACCGAGGAGCUACAACACACACAGCAGACCAGCCGCAGUCCAGCAAUAACACCAAAGUUCGGCUGUUUGAGGAUUUUUACUGU